AUGAUUACUUCAACUUUUACAGGCAACAAAAGAGCAGCAGAGCAGAGCUGCCUAGCUCUCCUCCAUUCUUGCAAUAGCAUCUCAAAACUGAUCCAAGUCCAUACCCACAUUCUCAAAUUGGGUCUCCAUAACAACCCAUUUGUUCUUACCAAGUUUACUUCCACAUCCUCCCAUCUAAACGUUAUAGAUUACGCUUCCUCCUUUGUAUUUUCACCCGAAUACGAUACCCGUAUUUAUGAUGCAUUCCUAUUUAACACUGUAAUAAGAGCUUAUGCUCAAACUAACAAUUUAAAGGCUAAAGCAAUUGAAUUUUACAAGCUUAUGCUUGAAUUUGGAGUUUUUCCCAAUAAAUUCACGUACCCAUUUGUUCUUAAGGCCUGUGCUGGUAUUGAGGACCUGAAUUUUGGCAAGUCUAUACAUGGGUCGGUGUUCAAAUUCCAUUUUGGUGAUGAUAUCCAUGUACAGAAUACUUUGGUUCACAUGUAUGGUUGUUGUAAAGGAGGGAUUGAGUUUGCUCGUAAGGUAUUUGAUGAAAUGUCAAAGUCUGACUCCGUUUCGUGGAGCGCGAUGAUUGGUGGGUACGCGCGUUUGGGUUUGUCUACUGAGGCCAUAGGUUUGUUCAGGAAGAUGCAGAUUUGUGGUGUUUGUCCAGAUGAGAUUACUAUGGUUUCGGUUUUGUCUGCGUGUACGGACUUGGGAGCAUUUGAGGUUGGUAAGUGGAUUGAAUCUUUUAUUGAGAAAAGGAGGGUUAAAAAAUGUAUGGAGUUAUGUAACGCCCUUAUUGAUAUGUUUGCUAAAUGUGGUGAUGUUGAUAAAGCUUUGAAGUUGUUUAGAAACAUGAAUGAGAGAACUAUUGUUUCAUGGACUUCUGUGAUUGUUGGUUUGGCAAUGCACGGUCGUGGUUUGGAAGCUGUGGCUUUGUUUGAGGAGAUGAUAGAAGCUGGAGUCGCUCCUGAUGAGGUCGCCUUUAUUGGAUUGCUCUCUGCUUGUAGUCAUUCCGGAUUAGUUGACAAAGGCAGAAAAUAUUUUGAUUUAAUGAGAAAAGAUUUUGGCAUUAUACCUAAAAUUGAACACUACGGAUGCAUGGUAGAUAUAUUAUGCAGGGCUGGAUUAGUUCAAGAGGCAUUUGAGUUUGUUCAAAAGAUGCCCAUUGAACCAAACCCAAUUGUUUGUCGAACCUUGAUUAGUGCUUGUUCUGCCCGUGGUGAACUCAAGCUUGGGGAGAGUAUCACCAAACGGCUAAUUGGAAAUGAACCUAUGCACGAGUCUAAUUAUGUACUUCUUUCCAACAUAUACGCGAAAAUGCUCCAUUGGGAGAAGAAAACCAAUAUUAGGGAGGUGAUGGACAGAAUGGGGAUGAGCAAGAUCCCUGGGAGCACUAUGAUUGAGCUGAAUAACGAAAUUUAUGAAUUUGUUGCCGGGGAUAAAUCGCAUGAUCAAUACAGAGAAAUAUAUGAGAUGUUGGAUGAAAUGGGUAGAGAGAUGAAGGCGGCUGGAUAUGUUCCUUAUACAUCGGAGGUGUUACUGGACAUUAACGAAGAAGAUAAGGAAGAUGCUUUAAAUAGGCAUAGCGAGAAGCUAGCUAUUGCUUUUGCUCUUCUCAAAACACCCCCCGGAACUCCUAUUAGGAUUGUGAAGAAUUUGCGAGUUUGUCCUGAUUGUCAUUCUGCUACUAAGUUCAUCUCUAAGAUUUAUAAUCGAGAAAUUGUGGUGAGGGACCGGAACAGAUUUCACCAUUUCAAGGACGGAUUGUGCUCCUGUAGUGAUUUCUGGUGACAAACUGAUAAUCAGUUUCAGGAUUAUUGUUCCAUGAUUAUCUUAGCUAGGUAGAAAAUCUCAUGACUCCCAUUGAGGUUUUCAUCAUGCUUUGAACCCCAACUCAUGAUCAUUUCCUGUCAUGGAUUAUGGAACGAAUUUUGGGGUAGGCAGAAGCUUUGACAAUUCUGUGCAACUCUUGUCCUCUAAUUUUGGUCAACCUAACUAAAUAUCCGGACAUGGCAUGCGAGGGAUCAUCUGAAAGUCCUAACAAGUGCAUACAUGUCCCUUUUCAUGGACAAUGAUGGGUAUACUGCAGCUGGCAAGAGUUCAUCAACUCGUAAUCACAUUAUGCUUCCUGUGUGUCUUAUUCUUUGUAAAGGAGAUUGCUGUAGGCUGUUAAAAAAAGUUUCUGGUGCUUUUGGUACAGAUACUCCAAAGGAAUAUUUGUAAUCUUUACCGGCGUGCUUUCUUGGAAAUGUAUUGGGCUUGAUAACGUUCAAUGUAUCUGUAUUUGGAGAGCAAUAAGAGCAAUAAAUCUGAAAUGAUUUUUAGUUUUUA